AUGGCUCAGGCGCUUGCUAAUCAGAGUAGUGGGCAACUGCUGGACCCUAACUCCACGGAUAACGAGGACCAACUCUUCCCCGUGAUCCUGUCCAUCGAGGAGCACUGCAGUGUGGAGCAGCAGCGGCACAUGGCCAGGGUGUUCAAGGAGGUGCUCGGCGAGCUGCUGCUGACCAAGCCCACGGAGGCCAGCGCCGACCAGCUGCCCUCGCCCAGCCAGCUGCGGGAGAAGAUCAUCAUCAAGCAUAAGAAGCUGGGCCCCCGAGGUGAUGUCGAUGUGAACGUGGAGGACAAGAAAGAUGAGCACAAGCAACAGGGUGAACUGUACAUGUGGGACUCCAUCGACCAGAAGUGGACUCGGCACUACUGCGCCAUUGCUGACGCCAAGCUGUCCUUCAGUGACGACAUUGAGCAGGCCGCGGAGGAGGAACUGUCCCAGGACCUUCCACCCAUGGAGCUGCAUUUGAGGGAGAAAUGGUUCCACAAGAAGAUGGAGAAGAGGACGAACGCGGAGAAGCUGCUGCAGGAGUACUGUGCCGAGGCGGGUGCCAAGGACGGCACCUUCCUGGUGCGGGAGAGCGAGAGCCACCCCGACGCCUACACCCUGUCCUUCUGGCGGUCGGGCCGUGUGCAGCACUGCCUGAUCCGCUCCACCUUGGAGAAUGGCGCCAUGAAGUACUACCUGACCGACAACCUCAAGUUCAGCAGCAUCUACGACCUCAUCCAGCACUACCGAGAGUCGCACCUGCGCUGUGCCGAGUUUGAGCUGCGGCUGACCGACCCGGUGCCGAACCCCAACCCACAUGAGUCCAAGCCAUACGUCCCUGGGCUGGGCGGGAGGCAGACACCCACACGGUCACAUCCCUGUCCCCUUGUCCCUGGCCCUGGCCCACCAGAGGCUCAGAGGUCCUGGGUGGCCCCUCGGCAGAUUCUUGCUCUCCAUUAGCUUUGCCUGCCUUUCUCUUUCCUUUUCUCCUUUCCUUUCCUCCCUCCUUCCCUUCUGGCUUUGUGUUCACGAUCCCGAGGUCUCAUGCUUGAGAUUCAGAGUUUAGUAUUGGCCCUGUGAUAUCUUACUGCUUAUCCAAGCCCUUUCCUAUUUAGUUGAUGGAGAAAAAUGAAAAGAAAAUGAUGGCAAGAGUAUUCCCUUUUUUUCUUUU